GAUCCACCAUUUGAAGAAGCUGGGCCAACUGCGCUCGUUUGGCAGACAUAUGCUGACGAGAGUACGAUAUAUGACACUGAAAUGGUCGCCAAUGAAAGGGACAAAGUCAAUAUCCUCCUCGUUUUUGCGGGAUUGUUCUCGGCGGUCGUAAGCGCUUUCAUUGUACAAUCCUCUUCGAAUCUUCAGCCAGACUAUGACAAACUGUCUGCAUAUCUGUUGUUCGACCUCGUAAAUAUACAACGCGCAUUGGCAAAUGGCACCUCGCUGGAUGGUAUCAGCACUUCAGGCGCAGAUCCUGCGAGUCCUUUCAUUCCAAAAACCUUGGACUCGUGCGUAAACGGGUUAUGGUUCGCGAGUCUUACACUCAGUCUUGCCACCGCGUUGUUUGCGGUACUCGCUAAUGAAUGGCAUUACCAUUAUCUAUCACCUAUCAGCGGGGACCCGCAGAUUCGCAGUCGUAUUCGACAGUUUCGUUAUAUGGGCCUUCGUCGCUGGCAUGUCAGUGGUUUCAUUGCUCUCUUGCCGUUGAUGUUGCACCUAUCCCUCGGUUUGUUUCUACUGGGCCUCGUUCUUUAUCUUUUACCCCUG